AUCACAGGAAGCAGCACACACACAGCUGCCUUCCCCUCUCUGUCUGUCACUCUGUCUGUCUUGGCCGCCAUACCAUAUCCAUCGCUCUUCGCCUUGUCCUAAUUCAGUUGUACACUAUUUAUUUACUGCUAUUAAUUGCCCCGACUCCGUCUCCGUCUCCUCCACCGCCACCUACGCGAGCUAGACCAGGCCAGCCGAAAUUCCCACGCAAACCCUAAGCCAGCUAGCUCGCCAGCCAGCCAGUCAGCCAGCCGCGCGCCGCAGCCCAAUGGCGGAGGACGCAGGCGACAGGGAGCAGCAGCAGCACCACCACCACCACCAGCCCGCUGCGGCGGCGGGAGGUGGCGGCGGGGAGGACGGCAGCGGCAGGGAGGAGAGCUCCGUCAAGCUCUUCGUGGGCCAGGUGCCGAAGCAGAUGACGGAGGCGGAACUGGCCGCCAUGUUCCGCGACGUGGCCAUCGUCGACGAGGUCACCGUCAUCCGCGACAAGGCCACCAAGGUGUCACGAGGCUGCUGCUUCCUGAUCUGCCCAUCAAGGGAGGAAGCUGACAAGGCAGUGAAUGCAUAUCACAACAAACGCACACUUCCUGGGGCCCCAAGUCCACUGCAAGUAAAAUAUGCCGAUGGAGAGUUGGAAAGAUUGGAGCACAAACUUUUCAUUGGAAUGCUUCCAAAAAAUGUAACAGAUGCUGAAAUGACUGAUUUAUUUUCACAAUAUGGCAACAUCAAGGAUUUGCAGAUUUUGAGAGGUUCGCAACAGACGAGCAAAGCCGGCUGUGCCUUUCUGAAGUAUGAAACGAAAGAGCAGGCUAUGGCAGCUAUCGAAGCUCUAAAUGGGAAGCACAAAAUAGAGGGUUCAAGUGUACCUUUGGUUGUAAAAUGGGCCGACACAGAAAAGGAAAGGCAGGCUCGAAAAGCACAAAAAGCUCAUUUUCAGCCGUCUAAUAUGUCAAACGCAACUGCCAUGCAGCAGAAUUCGUUGUUUGGUGCCUUGCAGAUGGGAUAUAUGCCUCAGUAUAAUGGAUUUGGCUACCAGCCACAGGGAACCUAUGGACUUAUGCAAUACCCUUUAUCGCCUAUGCAAAAUCAAGCAGCCUUCCAGAAUAUGGUUCAGCCUGUCAAUCAAGGAAGCUCAAUACGCGGCGUUAAUUCUGAACUUUCCCCUAACUCAGUUACUAGAUCAUUUAAUUCAAUGCAGUUGGGCAGCCCUUAUCCGGCUGCUCCUGGUAUGCAGUAUCCUGGGUCAUAUCCUGGUGGUGCUAUCAAUAGUCGUCCUUACAUGAAUUCUCAUAAUGCAAUUAAAGUUCCAAACACAAAUGCUACAUCUCCCACAUCUUCAAGUACCAGUAGCAACCCUGGUCCACAGAUAGAGGGUCCUCCUGGAGCCAAUUUAUUUAUCUAUCACAUCCCACAAGAAUUUGGUGACCAAGAUCUAGCGAAUGCAUUUCAAAAUUUUGGUAGAGUAUUGAGUGCCAAAGUUUUUGUAGACAAAGCAACUGGUGCUAGUAAAUGCUUUGGUUUUGUAAGCUACGAUUCUCCUGCCUCUGCGCAAGCAGCCAUAAGCAUGAUGAACGGGUUCCAGUUAGGUGGUAAAAAGCUGAAAGUACAACUCAAGAGAGACAACAGCAAGCACAAUAAACUUUAUUGACAGUGCAACUGAUAACCUCGUAUGCCAACACGAUCAGGAAAAUCGGUACAUAUGUGUCGCGCAAUUGAUCGUUCCAGUGUUUCCUCUGGCCCUCCACCAGGUGGGGGCUUGUGUAUCUUUGUUCAAUUCACAUUCUUGAAAAUUGUUAAAUUGUGUAUUUCGUUGCAGCAUAGACGUAGAAUUAAAACUGUACUGCCAGACCACUCAUUGUACAUCAGACAUUGAUUCAUUCAUUUGUUCCCUUAUUUUUGUACUCAUGGGUCACUCCUUGUGGCAACACCGUUCGGUUUCCUU